UGCAAUUUGUCUUUCCAGAGUGAAAAGGACCAGGUCAUGACAGUAUUUAUGAUAUUAACAAUUAUAUGUUUGAACUCCAAUAGGACUGGUUAGUACCGUUUCUGAAGUGGGAUAUCAAUACGUGUGGAACAGAGAAAAUCUCAUAUCCAGUGUCUGAUCUGUGGCUGCCGGAUAUAGAAAUUAAAGAGUUAAUGGAUGAAGACAAAAGUCAGAGCAUUCCCUACCUACAGAUAAAUUACACUGGAGGGCUUCAUUUAGUCAAAGUCAAAAGAAUUCCUGUUUCGUGUCAACUGAAUAUCUACAGGUUUCCGUUUGAUGUCCAGGAAUGCUCAAUUACUUUCCUUUCCCUCAUUCAUGAAGAAGAUGAAAUGAUCCUAACUUCUAAAUCAGUCGAAUUUUCUACAAACUCAUCUGUAGAUUCUGAUUCGGGAUGGAAACUCGAAGAUUUGACAAAAUGUAAUUUCACUUAUAAUCUUACCAGCAUUCGGUCUUUUUCUUGUCAGCAGUACAAUCUAACCCUUAGCCGUGAGGCGAGUCUCUAUGUAGUGAACCUCCUUGUCCCCAGCUGCUUCCUGAGUCUGUUAGACCUGUGCAGUUUCAUCUUGCCUCCUCAAAAUAUGGAUCGCUCGGCUUUCAAAAUGACCCUUAUCCUCGGCUACACUGUCUUUCUGAUCAUCACUAAUGAUAUUCUGCCUAAGAGUGUCUCACCUACUCCUCUAAUAAAUGUGUUUUUUUCUCUCAGCUUGGGGCUGAUGGUAGCCAGCCUUUUGGAGACAAUGUUAAUUGUUAACCUCAGUAACUUCCCAAACAAAUACCCCAAAGUACCCCGUUGGGUGCAUGUUCUCAUUCUGGACUUCUUGGGACGCCUCCUGUUCAUAUCCCACAAAUGCCCUGAUGCUCAAGUGGAAGUGGUUUUAAACUCAAAUGCAAAAGCAGGGAAUCCAGACAUAACAGCAAUGAUGCCUUCUCUCACUGGAGAAAAAGACGAGAGAGAGGGUUCUGCAGUUGUGAAUGAGCUGAAGAAAGUGGCCCAAGACUUGCUGACAAUUCGACUGAGGGUGGAAGAACACCUGAGACCCAAGCAGGCUGAGAUCGAAUGGAAUCUGAUCGCAAAUGUUAUUGAUCGCUUCUUGUUCCUGAUUUAUAUCCUCUUUGUGAUUGCAAGCUACAUCACUAUAAUUGUCUUAUGGUCCAGUUCCUAAGUGCACUAAUCAAAGUAGAAAAGGAGGAACAUAUUAAGUUAUACGUUUUUGGUUUGGUUCAAACAUUUCUUCAAGUUUGAAUAAGGGUUUAUUAUAAACUAUAAGAAAGCAGCAUUACAAAAUUUAAAAGCACAUUUCUUUAUUACAUUUAUUAAUAAUCGAAUAAAUAAAAGCUAUUCUGGAGUUGAUUACUUUCCAAUAUUAAUAACAUCCUGAUGUUUUGUUAUUAGUGUACUACUAUUAUUACUACUAUUAGUGUAACUACUCUUGUUAACUUACCUUACAAAUAUUUGAUAUUAUACUAUACAGACAAAAAUAUUAGGACACCUGAAUUUUCCAGACAUAUGUGUCUUUACCAAACUUUCGCCAAAAGUCGGAGGCACACAACUGUACAGGACGUCUCUGAAGUGUAGUAGCAAUACAUUUUCUCUUCACCUAAACUAGGAAACCCAAACCUGCUCCAGCAAGACAAUGCCCUUGUGCACCAUGAAAAUUGGAGUGGAAGAUCUUGAGUGGCCUGCUAAUGGGCUCUGCAUUAAAUGCA